AUGCAACAGACCGGCACACGUUCGAGUAAGAGUGAUGCGGCAAAGGAUGGGGCAGCCCACGUCUCUGACACAACAUCCUGCCAGGAGGAUGCAGCGACUCAUGUAAUCAUGGAGAUUGACCGCCUAACAGAGCAAGGCGUUGCGGCAGCGGAUGUUGCCAAACUGCGUCAGGCGGGCAUUUUUACCGUUACAGGGGUUCAUAUGCAGUGUCGUAAAGAUUUGGCCCUUAUUAAGGGUCUUUCAGAUGCUAAGGUGGAUAAAAUAAUUGAAGCUGCUCGAAAACUUGCAGAUUGUGGUUUUACCAAUGGAUCUACGUAUUUGCAGCAGCGAGGAAAAGUGACUCGUAUUACUACAGGUAGUGCCGCAUUAGAUCAAUUAUUAGGUGGUGGUAUUGAGAGUAUGUCUAUUACAGAGGCCUUUGGUGAGUUUCGUACAGGUAAGACUCAAAUUGCACACACACUUUGUGUAACCUGCCAAUUACCUCUUUCUAUGGGUGGUGGUAAUGGAAAGGUGGUUUAUGUGGACACGGAGGCAACAUUUCGUCCAGAACGUAUAAAACCAAUUGCCGAACGUUUCGGUUUGGAUGUAGAGGCCGUUUUGAGUAAUAUCCUUGUGGCACGGGCAUACACACAUGAACAUCAAAUGCAUCUACUUUCAAUGGUGGCAGCAAAGAUGGCAGAAGAUCAGUUUAGUCUACUUGUUGUGGACAGCAUUACUGCUCUUUUUCGUGUGGAUUUCUCUGGACGAGGUGAACUGGCAGAACGACAACAAAAGCUUGCAAAAAUGAUGAGUCAUCUAAUAAAAUUAUCUGAAGAAUAUAAUGUCGCUGUUUACAUUACAAAUCAAGUUGUGGCAGACCCGGGUGGUGCAUCUAUGUUUGUGGCUGAUCCUAAAAAACCUGUUGGUGGACAUAUUCUCGCACACGCCUCUACAACACGUUUGUCUUUACGAAAGGGUCGCGGUGAUCAGCGUGUGUGCAAGAUAUAUGACAGUCCAUCCCUACCAGAAGUGGAGUGUGUCUUCAGUAUAUCAGAACAGGGUAUCAUGGAUGCCCGGGAAUAG